CGAAAAGACACUGCUCAGCAAGAAGUAUAGUAUUGCCCCCUUGUGGCCAACGCUGGAAGCUGAAAUAACAACACAAGUCGUCAUCUGGUCGUCAUCAGCAAUUUUUGUUCUCCUAAUUAAAACAUCAGCUCUGCCUCAGCUAUAACUUGAGUUCGGCUCUUUUCAACAUACUGUACAGGCUUAAUACACAGUCUGAUUCCUCGUCCUUUUGUGACAGUUCUUCGUUAUCAACACCAUGAACAGCACCACCCUUGACUUGUACAGUGAUGAGGAGCGAUUGCCAGAUACGCUCGAGGGUGACAUGAGUGUGCCCAACGCAGGCACCGGUCGGGCCGAGGGCAAACUGGAAUUCAACACUUUAGACGAGCCCAUCAAGACCACAGUGAUGAGAGACUUGAAAGCAGUGGGUGUCAAAUUCCAAAGUGUGCUGUACCCAAAAGAGAAGAAAAGUAGUCUCUUGAAAGAUUGGGACCUUUGGGGGCCAUUGCUGCUUUGUACUUUCAUGGCCAUGGUUCUGCAAGGCUCAGCAGAUGAUGUUGUGGAAAGCGAUGGAGGACCAGAAUUUGCGGAGGUGUUUGUCAUUGUGUGGAUAGGAGCUAUGGUCGUUACUCUUAACUCAAAACUGCUCGGAGGAAAUAUUUCCUUCUUUCAAAGUGUCUGUGUGCUUGGUUACUGUUUGCUUCCAACUGCACUUGCCUUGAUAGUCUGUCGAAUCAUUCUAUUGGCAACUCAAACAACUCUACUGUUUGUUUUGCGAUUGUUUGCCACUCUUGCAGGAUUUGGAUGGGCAACUUACGCCUCCAUUGUUUUCCUCGGUGAUAGUCAACCUGGUGACAGGAAAGCGCUGGCCGUCUACCCUAUUUUCUUGUUUUACGCAUUCAUCUCUUGGUUGGUGAUAUCGCACACAGCUUGAGUUUGCCACCUAGGAGAGACACCACAGCCUACUUGGUUUUACUGUGAUACGAGACUGCCGAUGACGAGUGUAGAAAUAGUGAAAACAUGUUUUGUGCCCAUUCGGGAUCCGACUCUACUGAUAGAUUUAAGUGUAUACCGAGAAGCACAAGUCACUGCGUUUCCUUUUAGUUUUGUUAUUUUCCAGUAUACACCAUGUAUGAAAGAGUAAAUAAUCAUUUUUAAUGUAACAUUCCUAAUUCAGUGGUUCAUAUUUGAAGAAAAUGUUUUAAAAAAAUGAGAAACCGUGCUUUUCACUAAAAAAUAAAUGCGUUUACGGAUAAAUAACAAAAGCUGAUGUCAUUAUUUGCAAAGGAUGUUAAUUUCCUUGCCGAAUGUUUAUUAUCAAUAAAUUAAAU